AUGCUAUUCCAACACGCUGCUAGAUCUUCUGCCUCUAUGGCCCGUAUGCAAUUAAGACGUUCAUUUACUAGAUCAUACACCCAAGAGUCUUGGGCUGUCACUGAAGUAAAGAGAAUAGUUCCUAACAUUGCUUUCUGGGCUACUCUAUUGUCUGUUUCUUUGGGCUGGCCUUUCUGUUUUGUUUGGUAUCAAGAUAGAGUUACCAAGAAGUACGCCAAUUUAGAUUAG